AUGGCUGAAUCCGCGGAGCAGCUCCGCAAGAUGCAAAUUCUUCAAAUGGCCGACCUAGGAAGCGCCCGGCGUGACGUAAUUUCCACCGGUGAAUUUCAGAAUCAGGCUCGCACACAGCUUGCCAGGAUUGAAUCCAACCGACAGGUCGAUCAGAGAGAUACAGCUCAAUUGGGCAAAUGGGCAAAUUUACAUGCCGAGAUCAGAGAUAUUCACGGAACAGAAGAACUCGAUGACAUUGAGAGCGGCCAGUCUCACCGAGCUAAUCUACACGCCAUGUUGCAUCCCAAUGGAAGUCAGCUGCGAACUUAUGCCAAUCAUCCUUAUCCUGCUUCAUCUGCCGGUCGUGGUGGCGGUGUCAUAGGAAAGAGAGGACGAGGUGGUUUUGUUCCCCCACCCCCCAUGGCACCUGCUAGUCUUCAUCAUGCUCCAAGAGCCUCCAUUUAUGCAAAUCCCGUUCGCUCGGGACGUCCAGGACCGCGCGGCCGCUCGACUACAAUGUCAGCCGGUAUUCAUUUGGACCCUGCGUUGAACUGCAACAACAAUGACAGCGAUGCUCGUGACCGAGGCAGGGCACGUGGACGAAAUAAGAGCAAGGGCAAGGGCAACACCCAAGGACAGGUUCACAUCCCUCUCGCCCCCAGCAGAGUACAGCGGCCGCCUCCUUCCGCCAACUUCGCCGCUAAAAUCUCUGAGCCUGAGGACUUCAUGUCCUUGUUUCAGUCUCGCCGAGCAACCGAAUCGUACACAACGUCUAUCGAUACAAUAGCCUCUGCUCCAAUGAAGAAGACUCCAUCUGUGCAGAAAUCCAUUCCGCCUAACGAGCCAAGGGCCAAAGCUCUUCUGAGCAGUCCAUCGAAGAGCCUAUCUCACUUUGACCCUAUUGAGAAGACUACACAGUCCACCAAGACCCAGGCUACUCCAACCGAUAUUUCUCUGCCGCAUAUUGGGCCCUACCUAGUGGUGGCACCAUCGCCGUCAGCUCAUGUUGUUCCUCUUCAUAAGACUGCAGCUUUCAAAUCCAGCAAGGGCCCGCCUAACACGCCCAAAUCACCUCAGCUGGAUACCAAAUCCCCUCCAGUGGAAAGCCCCACCGCAUCUCCUUCUAAAUCUAUGCAUCAGAGUGCCAAAUCGAAAAAGGCAAAGAAUAAGGGGAAUACCUCCAAGGUUCCUUAUCCAGAAGUGGGCUCAAUUACUACUGAUGAAAUUCAGUGGAAGGUUUCGCCCGGUGAGCAGCCACGGAAGAAGGGCACGGCUUCUCCAAGCAAGGAAGCAGACUCGGCUGAACACUUGAUGCCCGUCACUGAGGCUAAGAACACACCUGUCUUCAAGGCAACUGAACUUAAAGACAGCAAACAGAAUGUUACUCCUGGCAGCCAGAAGGGGAAAAGCAAGCAGAAAGCCCAGCCUCGGGAUCUGCUGAGCGAGGAUGACCCUCUAGUUAAUACGGCAAAACCAGCCCGUCGUCCCUUGAAGACAGUGGCUAUCCAGAGUCCCGGUGCUGCAGAAUUGGCAGGUCUCCAGUUUGCCGAAAUGACCGGGGAGUCGGUGCCAGUCCAGAGCAUUGAUGAAGUCAUUUCCCAGAAAAUACCGAACAUUGAGGUCCCGGAAACCCAAUCUCGCCCCAAUGAUCAGAGUCCAGGAUUUGAAGGCGUAGAUAUGGGCCAACAGAUUAUUACGGAACUUCGCGAUAUCCGUAAGCACAUUCAUUCCAUUAAUUCGCGCCAAGAUUUGCCUACUACUCAGGAUAUCGAGCGCAUACUGGAAUCAAAAUUGCUCCAGUUGAUUCCUACCACAUCUGCACCACCUGAGGCACCUUCAUCCUCAGAGAUGGAAGCUCGGUUGAAUAGUCUCAUUGCAGUUAUCGAAGCUCGUGCAGCACAACAGCAAGGGAUUAAUGCUGUUGAAGCUUCUCCAGCUGCCAGGCGCGAUCUUACCCCCUUUGAUGGGCAUCGAUCGCCACCGCCGCCUUCUUCCAGUUCAAACUCUCCUCCUUCUGCGGAUAAACGCACACACAAGGUACAUGUGCCCGGCCUCUCGCCAACCAGGAGUGACAGUCCAGACAUUAUCUCCCAGUUCGAAUCUCUCCAGGUUUCGAGCAAACUUGCUGCACCCCUGCAACCACAACGGGCCAUCCCAACUCCGGUUCUUCGUGAUCUGAAGGUUCCAAAGAGGACCACUACCUCCGACGCGUCUGUUCAGGUUACUCCUGCUCUGGGAUCACACCCAAAGGAGGCGACAAAAAAGCCACUGACUCUUAAUGAUUCCAUCUUUGCAGGACCUGUCGGCCCUGUCAUUUCGAACGACACUAAUGCGAUACGAUCCCAGACCGCAACUCGGACGUUGGGCUUAAACCAUCCAAAUAUUCCCAAGCAGCAGGAUGGAGACUCCAUGAAUCUUCAGCCAACUGGUGUGCGAACAAUUGGGCCGGCACCAUUCAAGCCCCGCGUAAUUGGUCCUGCUCCUUCUGUGUAUGAGCCGACCACAUUGCGUGCAGCGGCAGGAGCUCGCAUUCGCACCUCCUCCACCCAGUCCGCAAAUAUUGAUACUGAGAAUCGGUCUUUGGGUACUUCAAAUAGUGUCCUAACACCCCAGCAAGCUCCAGGUCGGCUGUUUUCCAUGCCUGACCCUACGACAAUCCAGCAACCGAAAGUGAACGCUACUCGCUCGGUUUCUUCCAACCGCUCUCACCGCCAGUAA